AUGAUUUUGUCGGUGAUCGUGGACAAGAACGAGAUCAAGUUAGUGGUGACUCUUUCCGUGAUCGUGGACAAGAACGAGUUAGAGGUGAUUUUGUCGGUGGUCGUGGACAAGAACAAGAACAAGCCUUUCGCAAGGAACCUAGCAGCAGGGGACUUAGGAGGCAUGGAUAGUGCAAGUUUUCUGAGAGUUCUGGCAAGCAAACUACCCUUGUAUCUCCAGCAGAAGUGGAUUUCACGAGUAGGCCUGACUCGUGAUAUUGCUAAUAGGAAUCCCACCCUGGAAGACCUUGCACAGUUCGUCAUACAGACUGAAAGAAACAUUAACGAUCCCAUGGUACAGGGAUUGGGAUAUCAGAGGACUGAGAAAAAUGCUUCCUACAAUAAAGAUGAGAAAGAAAAACUACAAAAAUCAAGAUGCACAAAGGCAUUUGGUACAGCUACACAACAGGAUAGGGAGCAGAAGGACAAGAGGGAACCAAGUUGUACUUUCUGUGGCACCAACUCAAGGCAUGUUAUUGACGAGUGCCGAAAAUUUGAAGCCUUGACAGUUGAAGAAAGAUCAGAGCAAUGUAAAAGGAAAGGCCUCUGCUUCCGAUGCCUGAAACCAAAACAUCUGAAAAAGGAAUGCAAGAGUAAGAUCAAGUGUGAUGUCUGCGACAGGAUGCACAACACUUUAAUGCAUGAUCCCAGGUGGAUGAAAGACGGAGAAGGAAAUACAAGGAAAACCACCAAUGAUGCUUCAACAUCUACCGAUGUGCAAAGUGAAGCUGGAAGGAUCUCUUCAGGGUCUACCAAUGUGAAGAAAAGUGUUGGAGGAAAACCCCAGACAUCGACGUGCAUGACGAUAGUUCCAGUCAUCGUGAAGCACAAAGGAAAUGACAGAUGCAUAUCAACUUAUGCAUUCAUAGAUAAUGGAUGUGGAACAGUCUUCUGUGACACAGAACUUACCCAAAGGCUGCAUGCAAGAACCAGGAAAACCAAGCUAAUAGUCAAGACAUUGAAUCUUGAAGAAGUGAUAGAUACAGAAGUCACUGUAGAUGAGCUGCAGAUCGCAGGAGUAAAGGAGAAGGAAUUCAUCAAUCUUCCGCCCAUCUAUGUCAAAGAUGGUAUACCAGUGACAGUUUCAGAUGCUCCAACUCAAAAGGAUCUGAAACGAUGGAAACAUCUGAAGGACAUAGAAUUGCCCGAAAUAAGUAACCGCAACUCUAUUUCAAAGGUAACUCUCAUGAUUGGAGCCAACGUUCCGUCAGCAUCGAUGCCUCUAGAAAUCAAAGCUGGUGACAUCGAGGAACCAUAUGCUAUCCGCUCAAGGCUAGGUUGGCUCGUGUAUGGUAUACAAGCUCAAGAGCAAGCAGAUAUUCACAAAGUCUGUUUUUGUAAACAGGAGGAAGUUUCCAUCAUUCCUAGACAAGAGGAAUUAGAACGGAAAUUCAAGGACUUCUGCAAUAUGGAAUUUACAGAGAGACUAAGUGAUCACAGAGAGGGCCUGUCAGUUGACGACAAGAAUUUCUUGGACAUAAUGGAGAAAUCUAUCACUAAGAAAGACAAUCAUUAUCAGAUAGAUCUGCCCUUAAAGCAGAGAGAUGUGGCUAUGCCUAACAACAAGGACCAAGCUGAAAGAUUUCUGGAAAGACAAGGACAGAAGUUAUCAAAGAACAAGGAAAUCCAUGAACAGUACACCACAUUCAUGAAUGAUCUGGAAAAGCAAGGCUACGCAGAGAAGGUUCCAGAAGCAGACUUGGACAGACAUGAUGGGAAGGUAUGGUAUAUCCCUCACCAUGGGGUGUAUCAUCCCCAAAAGCCAGGAAAGAUUAGAGUAGUCUUCAAUUGUCCUAUCAGCUACAGAGGAAAGUCUCUUAAUCAGGAACUCCUACAAGGACCAGAUCUAACCAACAGAUUGCUUAGUGUUCUCCUCAGGUGGAGGAAAGAGAAAGUGGCUAUAAUGGCAGAUAUACAGUCUAUGUUCUAUCAGGUGAAAGUUACACCAGACCAAUGCGACAUGCUGCGUUACUUGUGGUGGCCUGAGGGGGAUAUCACCAAAGAGCCAGUAGCCUACAGAAUGCUAGUCCAUCUUUUUGGGGCUACAUCUUCUCCCAGUUGUUCGAAUUAUGCCCUGAAAAGAACAGCAAAGGACAAUGAAGGUUGUGCAAAGGAAGAAGUCCUAGAUGCCAUACAGAAAGACUUUUACGUUGAUGAUUUUUUGAAGUCAGUAUCAACACCCCAAGAAGGCAUUGAUCUAGCUGAAUCAUUAAGACAAGUGUUGUCCAAGGGAGGCUUCAAGUUAACCAAAUGGUCAAGCAACAGACGAGAGGUCUUGGAUUCUAUUCCAAAGGAAUAA